CACCUUCAUAGUUUUUCGGUGCGUCAAAGUUUGGCUGAACAAAACAUUUCGUUAUUGUUACCAGCUGGUGGAAAUCAUUACCUCUCGCGGCUCGCUACGAUGUCGGAAAACAAGUCUCCCCUGCUCGAGCGUGCCCGGAACAUAGUGCCUCAUUUGGAAACGACCCGUCACAAGGGUCAGGCUGGACGGAUCGGAGUAGUGGGUGGAUCAUUAGAAUAUACCGGAGCGCCGUACUUCACGGCUAUUAGUGCACUGAAAGUGGGUGCGGAUCUGGUGCACGUGUUUUGUCCUCAAGCAGCUGCACAGGUCAUCAAGUCCUACAGUCCCGAGUUGAUUGUUCAUCCUUUGUUGGACUCGAAUAAUGCCAUUAUACAGAUUGAGCCGUGGCUGGAACGAUUGCAUGUGCUGGUUAUCGGCCCGGGAUUGGGUCGAGAUCGACAAAUACUACAAACCGUGUCUGAACUGAUCAAAAUCUGCCGACAGCUGCAGAAACCGUUAGUUAUCGAUGCUGAUGGAUUGUUUCUGAUUACUCAAGAUAUCAGUCUGGUGAAAGAUUACUACGGAGUAAUUCUCACUCCAAAUGCCAUCGAAUUCUGUCGCCUGUUUGGGGACGACCGGGAUCGUAUCAUGCAUACGCUGGACAAACUCGGACGUGGCGUGACAGUGAUUGAGAAGGGCCUAAACGAUCGUAUAUACGACUCAUUAACACUGGAAAAGUACGAAUGUCCUCGGGGAGGAUCCGGACGGCGAUGUGGCGGUCAAGGUGAUCUUCUAGCUGGUUCGUUAGCUACAUUCUACUUUUGGGCACUGCAAUCGAAGCAGGAAAUAAGUCCUGCCGUGGUGGCGUGCUUCGCUGCCAGUUAUUUAACGAAAAAUUGCAACUCUUAUGGAUACAAGGUUAAAGGCCGCAGCAUGACCUGCACUGAUAUGAUCGAGCAAAUCCACAAUGUGUUCGAGGAUAUAUUUGAACAUAAGAAAGAAUAGGAACUAACUGGUGAUGGUCAAUUGCACUGGGUAGUUAUGCUUUAAUGCAGCUUCAUUCGACAAAUUAUCAAUGGAUUCAUCUCUAUGUUUUUUCGAUUUGAUGUUUUUUGGAAUUACUGGGGAAGGAUAGCGCCGGGCAAAAGUUGCAGAUCAGCAAAAUGUCGUUUAAUUUGUUCAUUUUAUUCAUACAUAGUAGAAAUAUUCCUCAGUGGUACAAAUUACUCAAUGAAACUUUAGGUGUCUGUAGGAAAAUAGACUUUAUAACUUGUAUCGUGCUGGUACGGGAAACUCUUUUUUGCUAGUCUCUUUUAUUUCUAUUAGCGCAGGUUGUAUGGAUGUGUGAUACGCAGGAAUGAAACACUCAAUGAAUGUAUUGGCGGGGUAAGGUAGGGAGCUAAUUGAUUCACACGUAUGCAUGGUUUUGGAUCU